GGUCUGCUUAACUGUUGGAUUUUGGGAAGGACAACAAAGAAGAUGGCAGGAUAGUGGAAACAUUCACAUUUCUUUCUCUCUCUCUCUUUCUUUCUCUCUGCUCUCUUCCUACUUUCUACAGAUAUUUUCACUGGAUGCUCUCACUUUAUAAUUACUCAUCAAAGUCGGAGGAUUAUUCCUGCUUCUCCCCGGCAAAUUCUUUACUCUAGGAAUUUAUAUGGAAUUUAAAAAAGAAAUACAUAGCUGCUUGAAAGUGUAAAUCUAUGAUGUCUGCUAGUUUCUUCCACUCCUUAUCAAUGCACUUGUUGCCAAGAUGAUGAAAAAAAUCAAAAGAAGGCUUUCUUUAACCAUCAGGGGGAGGCAUCCCAUUGAUGAAAGUUUAUCAGAACUUGCAGAAACUCUUUCUUACGAAGAUAAUGGAAGCAUCAAGGAAAAUGGUGUUGUCCAUGAAAACCGUCGGAUAGGUUCAGAUGGCGAGAGUGAAGACAUAUCAGGGACUUCAGAUGAAAAAGAUGAAAUAUCUCCUGUAAAAUUACGAGGACAACCUCGAUAUAAUGAGGCAUUUAACAAGGGCUUCCCUUACUUACCAAGCCGGCAGCUAGACUUAGGUCUUGAAUCAAUCCGAAGAAAGGAGGCUUUGAAGCGUCUCUCUUUACCUGCUGAUAUGCGUCUUCCAGAAAACUAUCUCGCUCAACAAGGCAUCAGUCCUGAAGGCCAGUUGAGUCGGAGAUCACGGAGAAAAUCUCUGUCUGAAAUUGGAUUUGGCAAAAUGGAAUCAUAUUUAAAGUUGGACAAAUUAGGAGAGGGAACUUAUGCGACGGUCUUCAAAGGUAAAAGUAGACUCACCGAUAAUUUGGUUGCACUGAAAGAAAUUCGUCUUGAACACGAAGAAGGGGCUCCGUGUACGGCCAUCAGAGAAGUAUCGUUAUUGAGAGAAUUGAAGCAUUCAAACAUUGUAACAUUACAUGAUAUAAUUCACACCGACAAAUCUCUAACUCUAGUCUUUGAAUAUUUGGAAAAAGAUCUCAAACAAUAUAUGGAUGACUGUGGUAACAUAAUGAGUAUGACUAAUGUAACGCUUUUCUUAUUUCAACUGUUACGUGGUUUAGCCUAUUGUCACCGGCGUCGUGUUCUACACAGAGAUUUAAAACCCCAAAACUUAUUAAUUAACGAACGAGGAGAACUCAAACUAGCAGAUUUUGGUCUAGCUCGAGCCAAAUCCAUACCUACUAAAACUUAUUCAAAUGAAGUAGUUACAUUAUGGUAUCGACCGCCUGAUGUUUUGCUUGGAUCAACAGAAUACUCAACACCCAUUGAUAUGUGGGGUGUUGGCUGUAUAUUCUACGAAAUGGCAUGUGGACGUCCGCUGUUCCCAGGGUCCGCAGUUGAGGAUGAACUUCAUCAAAUCUUUAAAAUCCUAGGCACUCCUACAGAAACCACAUUUCCCGGUAUAACUGCCCAUCAAGACUUUCACUCUUACAAUUUUCCAUUUUACGAAGCCGAGUCUUUACUAAAUAUUGCUCCAAGGUUAGAUGGAGAUGGCUUAGACCUGCUGGAGAAAUUUCUAGUGUAUGAAGCUAGGAAAAGAAUGAGUGCAGCUGAAGCACUGAAGCACCCAUUUUUCAGGUGUCUCGGUCCAAGUGUUCACAAGAUCCCUGACACUACCUCAAUAUUCGCAGUUCCGGGUAUAGUUCUACAUAGAGACCCUGGUAUCCGUUCUUCCUCAGUGGCAACUUCAGGGAACCGAAGACGUCAGAGUAUGCUCUUUUGAAAAUUUGCUGACAGCGCUGCUAGAUACUGUGAUUCCUCUUACUUUUAUUUUGGUUAGUAACCAAAGAUUGACUUAGUCAACUGUACUUUAGUAAGAAAAGUUUUUGUGGCCACGGAUAAAACAAACAGCAACUGUUGGGAGCAAAGGCAGAGCAUGUCCAUUGUACUAACCAUGAUAACAACUGUGCCAACCACCAACUUUUGGAUGUGUCUCUCUUUCUCUCUCUCUCUCUCGCCUGCUCAUUCGCUUUCUCCCUCACGCAUACACACACACACACACACUCUCUGUCUCUCCCCUCUCUUGCUCUUUGUUUCUCUCUCUCUCUCUCUCUCUUUUCCCCACCUCAGGGAUACACUUUACUCUAGACUUGAUCUCGGACAACUGCCACACUUUGAAACUUGAUGUCGCUGAACAUUUUACACAGAAAUGGGCUGUUCACUAUCUGUGGAGAGAAGUGGGUGAUGGUGCGUUCACUAUCUGCGGCAAGCAGCAGGGGUGGUGGUCGUGUGUUCAUCGGGUGAUGCGUUCACUGUCUGUGAAGAGCGACAGAAACGUUGACGUUCACUUAACUGUGGACAGCAGCAGAGGUGGGAGGGGAUGAAUGUUCAUAGAGUGAUGUAUUGUCCACUCUCUUUGGAGUGUAGGGUGUGUUCACUAUCUGUGGAGAGCAGGGUGGGGUGCAAUGAUGUGUUCACUCUCUGUAGCGGAGGAAGCGGAGUAAUGUGUUCACAUAGUUCUGAAGAGAGUCAGGGGUGUGGAGUCUUGUGUCCACAUAUUAUGGGAAAUGGUGCGGUCAGAUGAUGUGUUAACGAUUUGUGUAGUGUUGCCCAACAGUAGAGAGUGACUAGUUUUAUUUAUUUAUUUAUUUUAAAAUAUUGUCUAUUAAAUAAAAACUCUCUGCUAAAUGCUGCUAACAACAGCAGCUGAUGUCCUACUGUCUAUAGAAAUAUGUCCUAGCUCUCUCAUCUAGCAUCUGUAAUCAAUCUGCUGGUAGUAUUCUUGGCUUAGAAGAUCUCCUUUUAAUUUCAUUUUGUUCCACUUUGAUAUAUCAACUUUUAGCUGAUGAAGGAAAAAUACAAAACAGAAUCCCUUUCAAACUUACAUUUAGUUAGGGUCGUUUUUAUAAAGAACAGCAAUGACAACUGUUGUGAGGUGUUCUUUAAAAGACGAAAUGCUUAGCGGUAUUUCGCUUGUCUUAACGUUCUGAGUUCAAAUUCCACCGAGGUUGACUUUACCUUUCAUCCUUUCGGAGUCGAUAAAUUAAGUACCA